AUGGCAGUCAAGUCACAUCGCAUUCGCAUCUCCAUCGACAGAGGUGGCACCUUUACCGAUGUUCACGCCUCGAUACCCGGCAGAGGAGAUAUUAUUCUCAAGCUUCUCUCCGUCGAUCCUGCCAACUACAAAGAUGCCCCCACAGAAGGUAUCCGUCGGAUUUUGGAGAUGGUAACCGGCGAGACAUUACCCAGAGGUCAAUUGCUUGACCUCUUUCACGUCGAGUCCAUUCGUAUGGGCACGACGGUAGCCACAAAUGCCCUUCUCGAGCGGAAAGGCGAGCGCGUGGCCCUGAUUACCACAAAGGGAUUCCGCGACCUGUUGGCGAUCGGAAAUCAGUCACGGCCCAAUAUUUUCGACCUUUCAGUCGCGCGGCCAGAAGUUCUCUUUGACGAGGUUGUCGAAGUGGACGAGCGCAUCACAAUGGAGGACUACACUGAGGACCCCGCCUCAGUCAAGACAAGUCCAACACCCGAAGACGCUGAACUCGUCACAGCCAUUACUGGCGAGACCAUCCGCGUCCUCAAAAGGCCGGACCUGGGAGAAAUCAAGGCCCAGCUCGAAAAGGUCCGAGAACAGGGCUAUCGAUCCAUCGCCGUUGUAUUCGUUCACUCUUAUGCCUACCCGGACCACGAGCUCCUAGUUGGCAAGGUAGCCUUGGAAAUGGGCUUCUCCGUCACCCUAUCUUCCGAAGUUCAGCCCAUGAUCAACGUCGUGCCCCGCGGCAUGUCUGCCGUGGCUGACGCUUACCUCACGCCGGUCAUUCGGCAGUACAUCGACUCGAUCUCGGCCAAUUUCAAGGGCGGGUUCGGUGCGGCUGCGACGCGCAUCGAGUUCAUGCAGUCGGACGGUGGUCUCGUCGACUACCGCAAGUUCAGCGGUCUCAAGGCCAUUCUUUCCGGACCCGCCGGUGGUGUUGUUGGAUACGCCCAAACUUCGUGGGACGACGAGGAACGCCAGCCAGUCAUUGGCUUCGAUAUGGGCGGCACCUCAACAGACGUCUCCCGCUAUGCCGGCGUGUACGACCACGUUUUCGAGACCACCACCGCCGGCAUUGCCAUCCAGUCCCCCCAGCUCGAUAUUCACACCGUCGCUGCCGGAGGUGGCUCCAUCCUGACUUGGAAGAACGGCCUCUUCAACGUCGGUCCCGAGUCCGCCUCCGCUCAUCCCGGCCCGGCAUGCUACCGCAAGGGCGGCCCGCUGACCGUGACGGACGCGAACCUCUUCCUCGGCAGGCUGCUGCCCGAGUACUUCCCAAAGGUCUUCGGCCCCAAAGAGAACGAGCCGCUGAACCGAGAAGUCACCGCCGCCAAGUUUCUAGAGCUGACGAGCGAGAUAAACAAGGACAGAGAGGCCUCUGGUCUUUCCCUGUUGUCCCCCGAAGAAGUCGCUCUCGGCUUCCUCAAGGUUGCCGACGAGGGCAUGGCGAGCCCGAUCCGUGCGUUGACGGAAGCCCGCGGCUACGAGGCUGGCGCUCACCACUUGGCCUGCUUCGGCGGCGCCGGCGGUCAACACGCAUGCUCUGUGGCCACGGUUCUGGGAAUCUCCCGCGUCAUUAUACAUAAAUACUCCUCCAUCCUCUCGGCGUACGGCAUGUCUCUCGCAGAUGUUGUCCACGAGAUCCAGAAGCCUUCCGCCAUCACCUACUCCGAUGAGACGAAGGGCAGCAUCCAGGAGCAGCUCGAGGAGUUGUCUUCACAGGCCACUCUGGAGUUGAUGAAGCAGGGCUUCACCGAGGAUCUUAUCACCCACGAUACCUACCUCAAUAUGAGAUAUGCUGGAUCGAGCAGCUCCUUGAUGAUCCUGAAAGGCGCGGACUGGGACUUCAAGACUGAAUUCGAAGACGCCCAUCGUCGGGGCUUCGGCUUCCAUUUCCCCGAGAAGUCCAUCAUCGUCGACGACAUUCGUGUUCGUGCUACUGGCGCAGCCCGUGCCAAGGUUGAGAAGAGCCCGUUUGCACAAAUGAAAUCUGUCCAAGGGUCCACGGCUUCCACCCCCCAGCCCAGCGGCACCAACAGUGUGUACUUUGAGGGCCACGGCCACCUCGACACUGCAGUCUACCAGCUCCAAACUAUCCCCGUCGGCGCCCGCAUCUCCGGCCCGGCUUUGAUCAUCGACAACACCCAGACCAUCCUCGUCACGCCGUCCACGACGGCGACUGUCCUCGAGAGCUACGUCGUCAUCGACCGUGCGCCAGUGGAAAGAGUCGCCAAGACGGGCGGCGAGCAGGAGGAGUUCAGCCCCGUUCAGCUCACCGUCUUCGGCCACCGCUUCAUGUCCAUCGCCGAGCAGAUGGGCCGCACCCUGCAAAAGACCGCCGUCUCUACCAACAUCAAAGAGCGCCUCGACUUCUCCUGUGCCAUCUUCAGUCCCGACGGCGGCCUCGUCGCCAACGCCCCCCACGUCCCCGUCCAUCUCGGAUCCAUGCAGUUCGCCGUGCGCUACCAGCACGAGCUAUGGGCCGGUAAGCUCAAGGACGGCGACGUCCUUGUCUCGAACCACCCGUCUUGCGGCGGCACUCACCUGCCGGACAUCACUGUCAUCACCCCCGUCUUUGACGGCGAGGAACUCGCCUUCUACGUUGCCUCGCGAGGCCACCACGCCGACAUUGGCGGCAUCCUCCCCGGCUCCAUGCCGCCAACCUCCUAUGCCCUCUGGCAAGAAGGCGCGGCCAUCGAGUCGACCAAGCUCGUCAGCGAGGGCCGCUUCAACGAGGCCGAGGUCCGCCGCCUGCUCCUCGAGGAACCCGCGCAGUACGACGGCUGCUCCGGCACCCGCCGGCUUCAGGACAAUCUCUCCGAUCUCAACGCGCAAAUCGCCGCCAACGCAAAGGGUAUCUCGCUGAUCAAGGCCCUCAUCACGGAAAACGGCCUCGCCACCGUCCACCGGUACAUGUACGCCAUCCAGCACACCGCCGAGCACGCCGUGCGCGAGCUGAUGCAGUCCACCCUCACCAAGUUCGGCCCGGAGCCCCUCGUUGCGGUGGAUUACAUGGACGACGGCACGCCCAUCUCCCUCAAAAUCACAAUCUCGCCGCACGACGGCUCCGCGACGUUUGACUUCACCGGCACCGGCCCGCACGUCCUCGGCAACACCAACGCGCCCGUCGCCAUCACGCACUCAGCCAUCAUCUACUGCCUGCGCGGCCUCAUCUCCUCCCAGAUCCCCCUCAACCAGGGCUGCCUGGCGCCCAUUAACAUUGUGAUCCCCAAGGACAGCAUCCUCAACCCGGGCGCCGGGCUCGCCGUCGUCGGCGGCAACGUGCUCACGUCGCAGCGCAUCACCGACGUGGUCCUCAAGGCCUUCCGCGCCUCGGCGGCCAGCCAGGGGUGCUGCAACAACCUGACCUUUGGCACCGGCGGGAAAGAUCCCGUGACGGGGGAGCACCAGGACGGCUUCGGCUACUACGAGACCAUUGCCGGCGGCGCCGGCGCGGGUCCGACGUGGGUUGGUCAGAGCGGUGUGCACACGCACAUGACCAACACGCGCAUUACCGACCCGGAAGUCUUUGAGAAGCGGUAUCCGUGUAUCCUGCGGCGCUUCCAGCUCCGCGCGGGGUCGGGCGGCAAGGGCCGGAAUAAGGGCGGCGACGGGACGAUUCGGGAGAUUGAGUUCCGGGUGCCGGUGCAGUGCUCUAUUCUGAGCGAGCGCAGGAGCCGGCGGCCGUAUGGUAUGGACGAUGGCGGUGAUGGAGAGGCUGGGUUGAACUUGGUUAUUGUCAAGGAUGAUGUGACUGGCAAGGACCGGACUGUGAACUUGGGUGCCAAGGCGACGACGAAGCUUCGGGCUGGGGAGACUGUUAUUAUUCAGUCGCCUGGUGGUGGUGCUUGGGGAGCUGUCGAGGCGUAA